AUGUGGUCGGAAGAUGAUCAACGCCGUCGACAGGACAACUCGAGUCCUUCGUUACACUCCGACUCGUCGACAGAACACCAACCAGAGGACCGGUCCUCCUCAGAGCAGCCUCGUGUCAACUCGUAUCUAUGGCCCGGUUCCGAAAACGCUCCAAAUUGUCGCUCUCCAAUAGAUCCGCUGAGCCCCGACGUCGCCGACCGCGUCUUUCCCAUCCGCUCUGUCAUUUCUGUCGACCCCAACGCUACCCCGUCGCAUCGCUCUGAUCAUAGUAAUAACGGCUAUUUCACCCAGACACCUCAAGAGGCGAGGAGGUUUUCCGUUACUAGCGACUCGGAGAACAAGGGCUACAAUGCCACUUCCAACAGGACUGGUGGCUCUGCCGAAAGUCGCCCAAACAACGCCCAAGCCCGGAAGCCUUCGGCCAGUGCGAACAACCGACAUUCGGCACAGUUGUUCAACGAGCUCGCGUCUAGCAGGCACGACAAUAGCGACAAUCUCUCCACCGACUCUCGAAGCACCCGCCCACGGUCAGCGGAUCGCGCACCAUCAACCAAGGGUGCGGAUGACCCAGAGACAGGUUCGGGUCUAAUCACCGCUCGUUUCAAGCAUGUCGUGUCCGAAGGCGGCCACGCUAUCAUCACAGGCAGGGACGGCGACACUCUCCAGCGCUGCGAAGACGAACCCAUUCACAUCCCGGGCGCUGUGCAGGGCUUUGGGCUGUUGGUAGCCCUUGAGGAAGAGACCGAGGGCAAGCUGAUUGUGAGAGUGGUCAGCGAAAACUCUAAGAGACUUAUUGGCUACACACCAAAGCAAUUGUUUGCUCUCGAUAGCUUCACCGACAUUCUCUCCGAGGAUCAGACUGACAAUCUCCUGGAUCACGUUGAUUUCAUCAGAGACGAAGAGGCUGAUGUGAGCUCGAAUGGCCCCGAGGUCUUUACCAUGUCAAUACGAACACCGCAACGAAAGUUGCAGAAAUUAUGGUGCGCCAUGCAUAUCACCGACAAGAAUCCUGGUGUUAUCAUCUGCGAGUUCGAACUCGAAGACGACCCGGUCUAUCCUCUGAUUCCAAACAACGAAGGAACACCUGACUUGCCCGAGGAUACCCUCGCCUCCGAUCCGACCGCCGACGAAUAUGCCGAGAGCACAGAGAUCGCGAGCAAGCCUUUACGAGUACUACGUAGUGCCAGGAAACGCAAGGGAGAGGCCGCCGCUAUGGAAGUUUUCAAUGUCAUGUCGCAAGUUCAGGAACAGCUUGCCGCUGCUCCCAACCUGGACAAAUUUCUCAAGAUCCUUGUUGGUGUUGUCAAAGAGCUUACUGGCUUCCAUCGCGUCAUGGUCUACCAAUUCGAUGCACAAUGGAACGGUCGCGUUGUGACCGAGUUGGUUGACCCUAGAGCCACCAAGGAUCUUUACAAAGGUCUCAAUUUCCCCGCCUCUGACAUCCCCAAGCAGGCACGAGAUCUCUACAAGGUCAACAAAGUCCGUAUGUUGUACGACCGCGAUCUCGAAACUGCUCGUCUGGUCUGCCGUACGGUCGAAGAUCUCGAGAAACCACUGGACCUCACAUACUCAUACCUCCGCGCCAUGUCUCCUAUUCACAUCAAAUAUCUCGCCAACAUGGCUGUGCGUUCGUCCAUGUCCAUUUCUAUCAACGCUUUCAACGAACUGUGGGGCUUGAUAUCUUGCCACGCCUAUGGAUCAAAGGGAACUCGUGUUUCUUUCCCCAUCAGAAAGAUGUGCAGACUUGUCGGUGAAACAGCUUCUCGAAACAUAGAACGUCUUUCAUAUGCUUCUCGAUUACAUGCUCGUAAGCUCAUCAACACUGUUCCGACCUCGAAGAACCCAUCUGGAUAUAUUAUUGCUUCAUCAGAAGAUCUUUUGAAAUUGUUCGAUGCUGAUUUCGGCAUGCUUUCUAUUAAAGACGAGACCAAGGUACUCGGUCACGUUGAGCAGACACAAGAAGCUUUGGCCAUGCUGGAGUAUCUGAGGAUGCGCAAACUCACUUGCGUCACUGCCACUCAAGACUUGAAGGAGGAGUUCCCCGAUCUUCGUUACCCCCCUGGCUUCCAUCACAUUGCUGGUCUGCUUGUCGUUCCUCUCUCAUCUGGUGGCGAAGACUUCAUAACCUUCUUUCGCAAAGGUCAACUACGAGAGGUGAAGUGGGCUGGUAAUCCUUACGAGAAGUUUGUCAAAGAAGGCACUGAGGGAUAUCUCGAGCCGAGGAAGAGUUUCAAGACUUGGAGUGAGACGGUGGUAGGAAAGUGUCGCGACUGGACCGAAGAAGAGAUAGAGACAGCUGCCGUUCUCUGUCUAGUCUAUGGAAAGUUCAUUGAAGUUUGGCGACAAAAAGAGGAUGCACUCAAGAACAGUCAAUUGACGCGCUUGCUUCUGGCCAAUUCUGCACACGAGGUGCGAACACCACUCAAUGCCAUCAUCAACUAUCUGGAAAUAGCCAUGGAGGGCAAUCUUGACGAGGACACGCGUGAGAGCUUGGCCAAAUCACACUCUGCAUCAAAGUCACUAAUUUAUGUUAUCAACGAUUUACUGGACCUCACCAAGACCGAGGAAGGUGGCAGUCUCAACAAAACAGAGCCAUUCAGCUUGUCGGCCACUUUGAGGGAUGCCACAGAGCAAUUUGCUGGUGAUGCGCGCCGGAAGAAGCUCAGCUACGAUGUUGUCGAGCAUCCUGGCCUUCCUGCCACGGUCAUCGGUGAUCAGAGGAAGAUCCGCCAAGCUAUCUCAAACGUCAUUGCCAAUGCUGUUCAAAACACUAAGGCCGGUGGAAUCAGCACUGAGAUUUAUGUCAUGUCAAGAGAAGAGAACCACGUUGAGGUUGAGAUCACGGUUGCUGAUACUGGCUGCGGUUUGAAUGCUAAGAAGCUGGACACUCUGUUUAGAGAGUUGGAACAAGUACAGAGUGAAGUGCACGACGUGUUGGACGACAAACCAGCUCCCAACCUUAAACAAGUUGAAGGAGGACCAGACGCGAAGCGUACCAUCGGUCUCGGUCUAGCUGUAGUUGCGCGUAUCGUGCGAAACAUGAAUGGCCAACUACGACUCAAAUCCAUCGAGGGCAAGGGUUCACGCUUCACCAUACAACUACCGUUCGACAUACCUCCCAGUGGACAGAAAUCACUUACAGGUUCUGUAUCGGAAGGAUCUCAACGGUCCACACUCAUCAGCGCUGGUAACGAGGGCGAGAUAACCCUUGUCGAGCGUGGCAGUGCUAGGCGUAACUCUACCGAGCACCCUCUGUCUCGCACCACAAGCAACGAGAGUAUCGGCAGCAGGCGCAGUCUGCCCAGUAUGAAAUCUGGACGCAGUCAUGCGAGUGAAGACUCGAGCCGUAGCGAGGCUGACAGACUUAUUGAUGCAAUCUCGUCACCUAUCGACAACAAGCGAGGCGCUCCGUCUCGCGGGAAGGACAGCAACAACCUACAAAGGCCCAAACUGGGUUCACGACAUAGCACGUCAGCACUUUCUGGCAGCUUCCAAGCAAGACGACCACGAGCAUUCAGCAAUGAAGCAAACCUACAGGAACUAACCACUGAAGUCAUCAAAGAUCCCCCGGGCCAAGCCAGUAUCAUGGACCAGGGCAGGCCUGUUCAUGCCGUGCGCGUGCCAGAAGAGACUGAUGAUGUUCCUGCUGCAGCUCAAGACCAGCCACAGGAGUCAUCGCGUGUUCUUGGUGAACAUCAGGAAGAGCCGCCGGAGUCGACAGAUGAAGCACCCACGGCAGACCACAUGCGUGUUUUGGUCGCCGAGGAUGAUCCGGUAAACAGUAGGAUCAUCAAGAAAAGACUCGAGAAGAUGGGCCACGAUAUCUACCUCACCUCCAACGGUGAAGAAUGUUCUAGCAUGCAUGGAGACAAGAGCGGUUACUUUGAUGUCGUCUUGAUGGAUAUGCAGAUGCCUAUUGUCGAUGGACUUACAGCCGCCAAGAUCAUCCGUUCGUUUGAGAAGUCACAUCCCUCACAUCUACUCUCGACCCGUGCAUCUCUUAACGGCCGAAUCCCGAUCAUUGCAGUAUCCGCUUCGCUGUUGGAAAGAGAGCUUGACAUGUAUGUGGACGCUGGCUUCGAUGGUUGGAUACUCAAACCUAUCUCUUUCCCUCGACUGCAAGAGAUCAUGACCGGAAUAGUCGACAAGAAAGUUCGUCGCAAGAACGUUUAUGCCAAAGGCGGUUGGGAAAGAGGCGGUUGGUUCGAAGCAUCACAAAACAAUGUCUGGGAAGCCGACACCAAACCAGACGAAGACAAAAUCGCAAUGUCUGGACCCAGCGAAGCUGUACAAGUACAGGCAGCUAGUGAUGAUCCACAAGAGAAGGGCGACGAUGAAGACGACAGCAGACAGACCCAGGAGCAGCACAGAAUCGCAGGCGUGCAAGACCGCGAUGCAGGGAUUGAAGCGCCUCCAGAACAGCUGGGCGAGAAGGAUGACCCUGAUGUCAACGGCGAGCCACACGAUUUCCCACGCAACUGA